CCCCCAACUAAAACCCAAUCUCCGAUAAACUACUAAUAGCUAAACCACUUGGACUAUAAAACACAACAAAUCAUAAACCAAGCAAAAGAGCCAUACCCUCCCAAUGAGUUCCUAUUUUGUAAACUCAACUUUCCCAGUGACUCUGCCCGGAGGACAGGAGUCGUUCUUGGGACAGAUACCGUUAUAUUCCUCCGGAUACACAGACCCUUUACGACACUAUCCCGGUGCUGCUUAUGGAGGUCCCAGUGUCCAAGAGAAGGCGUACCCAUCCUCCUUUUACCAGCAAGCGAACGGUGCCUACGGCAGGGCAACCGCCGCCGGUCCCUGUGAUUAUGCGACAGCAAGCUUCUACAGGGAAAAGGACCCAGCCUGCGCCCUCGCCAGCAUAGACGAACACUCCUUCGUUCUCAGUCAGGAUCAUCGCAAGCAAGACUGCACGGGGUCGACGGGGAAAAGCAUCUACCUUGAGGCCGACGAACAGAAGCCGUCAGCGCCGGUUUAUCCUUGGAUGCAACGGAUGAACUCGUGUAACGGGACUUUCGGAAACGCUGGCCGAAGGGGUCGACAGACGUACACUCGCUACCAGACGUUAGAAUUGGAAAAAGAGUUCCACUUUAACAGGUAUCUGACCCGAAGACGCCGCAUCGAGAUCGCGCACGCACUGUGCCUGACAGAACGUCAGAUAAAGAUUUGGUUCCAAAACCGGCGAAUGAAAUGGAAAAAGGAGAACAAAUUGAUCAACUGUUCACAAACCAGUGGCGAAGAGGAGGAGGAGAAGAGGACAGAAUGAAAUUUUGAACGAUAAAAUCCCCCCCAAAAGAAAACUAUUGCAUAGAGGGCACCAGACACCACUCUGUAAUAACACAAAUGAAGACUUUCCAUCAUGUUAGCAACUGUAGCAUUCCUGUUAACUCAUAAUUGUAAUUUCUCUUGUGAAUUAUUUUACUUUUUUGUACAUGAUGUUUAAAACAUGCGGUUUGUGCGCUCUUACUCUGAAUUUAGAUUUGCUCUUAUAACUGAAAUGUCCAUGUUGAACGAAGCUAUUUGAAAUGUGUGUCAUAUUCGUGUUUAUAUUUAAGCUGUGUUAAAAUAAAAAAUAAAUUCCCAUUGUAUGGAAAACGUUUUUCUAUCUUUCCUUUUUUUUUUUUGUAAGGUAAACGUUCAGACACUAUAGGUGCUAAUUUAAUAAGACUGCAUGGGUGAAAAGCAGUUAGAGAUUCUAGAAAACCCUACUAGCUUCACAUCAGUCUAUAUAUCACAUAUAUAGCACGUAAGCUACAUUACUUUUUGUUUGUUUUUCAAUAAAACAAGCAAAUCUUUCCGCAUGUCAUGCAUGCUUUACCUAUAUGAUGACGGCCGAUCAUGUGAAAUGACGAAUCCUUUUUUUUUGCGGUACAACACCUGUAUGCAUUCCAUGUAUUAUUUUUUUGUCAAGAAAACUAGUUUAAACAAAUUCACGGUUGACCAUAGGUGAUGUAAUGAGAUAUACAGCCUUUACCGCAUCUUUAGCCCGAGGGCGAGGCGAUAACCAUGCACUCUUCUGCGUAACUAGUGUGAAAUUUCAGUACCUGCGGGAUAAUAUGUAAAUAUCUGAUACAUUUAUUAGUGUGCAUAUGAUAUUUUAGUACAAAUACUGGCCACGUGUUUUCCUGAUUUCAUUUGACAGGUACAAAGACCAAAAAAGUUUGCGUUAGGGAUUUGGUUACGCUUUUUGUACUACUAAGAGGCCGAACGUUGCCCACUUGGUUCCAAAAUACUUCCUACAAAGUGAGAGGUGAGAAGGUUCAGCAGGUUUUAAUAGAUAACCAGAAGAGAAAGCUGACCCGUCGUGGCUGGUCACUCACCCUGAGAGACUAUACAGCCUGGAGGGAUAAGCGACAAAUAAACCACAUUUUUCAGGUGGAGGUUCCUAAUUGCCUCUUAAAAAAAUAACCCCAAUAUCAGAAAUAAUUUACAUAAUAGAAAAAAGUAAUAAUGCAUACAUUUUCUACACGCAACGUCACAAUAAUAAUAUUUAUAUUUGGAAAGGAGUGUAUGCAUGCAUCUGUUCAUGAGCGUGUGUUCACAAAGCACAGUGGAUGGACUUCAUGCUUCUACGCAGCCUAGAAUAUUAUGUUACUUGUUACACUUUUCCGAGCAUCAAAAAUAUAUAAAAUGUCAGCGUAAAUGUUGACCUGAGGAAUUUCAACGGUGGUUUCCGUCUUUAACGUAAUCAAAUGUGAAUGGAAGUAUAGUACAGAUUUACAUCAUGCACAUAGGCUACAUGAACCAGCAAUUUGCGUUUUGUCAACAAACCAUAUAUCAUCUUAGAUCAUAAAUCACGAUUUCGAAUUACUUAUAUUCAUCAUUCCAUAGAAUUUGCUGCGUGAGGAGCUCAUCUUUAGUAAAAAAUCACAUCGCUUCUGGAGUUUUAAAAAAAUACAUCUGCGGCAAGACUAACGAAGGCAUAUAUGUUGGAAAUCAGUGAAACAUAAUUUAUUUGAAUAUCACCUCUUUAAACUGAAAUUAAUAUAGUAUAUAUAUUUCAUGCAGUCGGUGUUAUCAUUAGUGCUUAAUUUUUUUAUUAUCAUUAUUCUAACUUGACCUAAUGUAGCUAAAAUUUGAAAUUAGUAAGCUACUAAAGUAGCCUAUGGUUUUGCAGUAUCACAGCCGUUAUAAUUUGAAGAACUGUAUCAUAAUAUAUUUUAUUUACAUGUUAAAAUGUAAUUGUUUUAUUUCUUUUUUGUUUUAUCCGGAAUGAUGUGGCAGUUAACUGUAUAUUGAUAUCUGCAUAUCAAGUAGCGCACGCAGUAGACUAUAGAUUCUGGGCAAUGUCUGUAUGCGUUAAGAGUCGAUAAAUACACUAAACGUUAUUAAUGUCACAAACAAACUACAAAGAAGAUCAGUUUUAUUCCCAUUUAAAAGAGAUAAAACUAGCGUUAGG